UUACUUUCCACCACUGGUCGCGAGGAGGAAGAGAUUAGGUUUAACAUCCACGCGACGGUAGUUUUAAAGUGGACCGCGUGCAGUUUUACACGCAGCUCGUGAACCGAACAACCCGAAAAACACACGGAAUAAACAUUAAUAAUGUGACCGAUGGAGGUCAAACGCAUCCGGUAGCCGAUGUGCGGUAGCUAAUUUAUUUGGACCCCGGACAUAUAUGGCGGGACACUUUAUAUCUAACAUCGGGAGCAACAUUUACAUUUUUUAAUACACGUUACAAUCUAAGUUAACUUCCCCAGCGGCUUAUUCGCCGUUACGGUAGCUCGUAAACAUAUAUUUGUCCGGUCGACUCGUUUCGCGUCGUGUUUGAAUGGACAACGUGAACACACGCCGGCUGUUCGGCUUCACUCCCGGCGGACACGUUUUAUACCGGAAACGGCUCUUUAACUUCGCUCUCUGGGAUAUUUCAUACAGAGGAGGAGCUCUGACAAUGUGGACGUCUGUGGUGCUGUUGGUGUUUCUGGCAGUGGCCUCACAAACUGUGGCAAAGCCCAGAAACCGUUUCACUCGUUAUCCAUCAUGGAACAAUAAGAUGUACCCAAUCUGGAAAGAUGGAGACCAGCGAUACAAAGACUCCUGGAAAGGUGGAAAAGUGACUUUCAAUGUGGGGAACGAUUCACCGACUCUGACUGGAGCCAAAGUUACUUUCACCAUCGACUUGGAGUUCCCACACAGCCAGAAGGUGCAGAAUAACGGGGACGUUGUUUGGGCCGAAGACUGCACAGUAAAUGGAACAAAGUACCACGAGUCUGAGCCAGUAUACCCAACUCAGAACACGGACUGGGAAGCUGUUUUCCCUGAUGGGACUCCAAUCAGGAAGGACCAGAAGCCAGCCUACGUGUUUGUCUGGAAGACCUGGAGUCAGUACUGGCAGGUGGCAGACGGUUCCUCUUCCUCCCUGACCAUCGAUACAGACGACAUCCCACUGGGCUCCUACACCAUGGACAUUGUUAUCUACCACUACCGCAGCAAAGAGAAGUUCAUUCCUCUGGGAUAUGCCUCCACUCAUUUCUCCAUCACUGAUCAAAUUCCCUUCGCUGUCUCCCUGGACCAAGUCAACGACAUCAUGGCCGGGGACAUGCGCUUUGUCCAGAACAGGGCAAUAGCCUUCACCAUCACCCUCCACGACCCCAGCCAGUACCUCAGCAACGCAGACGUCACCUUCAACUGGGACUUUGGGGAUAAAAGCGGAGCCCUGAUAUCCAGAGAGCUGACUGUCACUCACACCUACAUCAACUCUGGCUCGUUCAAGCCUCAGGUAGUGAUCCAGGCGGUCAUCCCAGAUAAGGCCUGCGACCCACCAGUUGAUCCUCCAACCAAGGCCCCAGGUCCACCUCCUCACAAGGGCACCACAGUUAAAGCUGCUGCACUGGCGUCUGCUGUCCCCAUACUGGUCUCCACCAAGGCCACUGGUCUGACUGUCAACAUGGUUCCUUCAGACACAGAGGAGGACAACACUGAGGAUGAGGCCUCCACUGCGGCCAACACUCAGCCGGCCCAAGAUGCACCCGCAGUGGCCAAGACUCCCUCCCCCGUCAAUCACGUCAAUGAAAUGCCAGCCAACAAUGAGGCGCGAACAGGUGCAAAGCAAACAGUGACCCUGACGGGCCAAGCUACCGUAGUAGUCGUUGCUAAGAGGGAUGCUGAUGACGACUGCGGGAUUUAUCGUUAUGGCUCCUUCUGCACGGGCAUCGAAGUGUUCGAGGGAAUUGAAAAAGUAGAGAUCGUACAAAUGGACAAUGCUGUGAUGACAACGCCAGAGAUGAACAGAAAUGUUUUGGAUAUCACUGUUACCUGCCAGGGAAGCCUUCCAAAAGAGGUGUGCAGCGUGAUCCUGGAUGCAGAGUGCUUGAGGCCGAUUCACUCGGCAUGCAACAUGGUGGAGCCCUCCAAAGAGUGCCAGCUGGUGUUGCGUCACUUCUUCAAUGACUCUGGUGUCUAUUGCAUCAACGUGUCCAUGGCCAACGACGUCAGUUUAGCCGUCACCAGUGCCAGAGUCAACGUGGACAUAGGUUCAGGUCUGUCCUCUCCUGGCACCAUCGGCAUGGUGUUAGGGGUCCUGGUACUCGUUCUAGCAAUCGGAAUAGUGGCAUAUUCUUAUAGGCGCUUUAAGUCCUACCGUCCUCUGAAGGAAGAGCUGAUCGCUGAAGACCUGCAGGACAGCCGGGCUCACGUCAGUUCCGGAGCCUCCAUGUUCUGGAAGCUUCUGAACAGACGGGGAGCUGCGGACGACUGCCCUCUGCUGCAGGACCGACCGGUGUAAACCAGCCUCACACCACCAAAUACAAAACCAAGAAACUUAUGAUUUGCAAGU